UUAUUGCGUAAUAUAUUCGAUUACACGAAAUUGCACGAAUAUGUACAAUCAUACAAAAUACGUAUGAAUUCUACAUAUUUUAUGAAUAGUGUGAAUUAUGAAUAGAAUAAAUGUCUCUGAAUCCUUGUUAAAGAACCAGUUCAUGGAUCGUUAAAGCUAUGAGCUGUAUUUACAUCAUGUUGCGCAAGUGUGCUAUAUAGAACUGAUGUUUGAUAAAAAGACGCCGGUAAUAUGCUAGGGCAAUCUAGUGUUUUCCAGAAUCUUCUUGAAUGCGUGGUGGUAGUAUGUAUUCCCAUCACUUUCGCUAGUGUAUAACGAAUACAUACGUAGUAUAAAGUUGUAUAAGGAGAACUACUUGGCUGCCACCAGUUGAUUCACGUGUGAACGAUGUAACAAUACUACGGCACAAUCAGUUGGAAGUAAAUCAACAAUAAUUCAUAUUUGUUGCACAAUGUUAAUGUUUUUCUAACCUGCUAACGCUUAACAAUUAAAGUUAACAUUAAUUCCAUAGAAUAAACAUUCUAAUAAUUUCCUAGUAGAUGAAGCAUUUAAAUUACUUAUAUUCGAAAAGUGCGGAAACAUUCCUAAAUCAAAUGUAAACAACAUUGUGAGUUUACAUUGAAAAUAAUCACGCAAUGCCGCUAAUACCGAUGUUGUUUUUCAACUGGUGGGAAGAUCCAAAUCUACCUCAUCGCCUCUGGGAUCAGCAUUUUGGCACGACGGUAGAUGCAGAUAAUUUUGUCAAUGAUCUUGAUCCUCUAAACGCAGAAGUCUUGGUCUGUCGACCGCAUGGACGCGACAAAAAACAUCAUCAUCGUCGUCAUCAUCAUCAUCAUCAUCAUCAUCAUCAUCAUCGUCGUCGUCAUCAUUAUCAUCAUCGUCGUCGUAGUCGUCAUCGUCGUCGUCGUCAUCAUCGUCAUCGUCAUCAUCAUCAUCAUCAUCAUCAUCCAUUCUUUAAAAGUUUAAUCAAAAGUGACAAGGGUAAAUUUCAAGUAUCAUUAGAUUUAUCGCAAUUUACAUCAGAAGAAAUUACAGUAAAAGUGAUAAAUCAAAAAGUCACCAUUGAAGCUAAACACGAUGAAAAAAAGGACGAGCACGGAUGGGUAUCUACGCAAUUUGUCAGAAAAUAUAUCACACCGUCGUAAUGGAGCAACCAAAUGGAAUCGCAUUUGUAGUUUAACAGUAUUUUAUCUAUUUUGGCACUUAUUUUUUUUUGACAUGGAAGAAAUCCGCACGGACACCAGGUCGCUUCUGGGGGGAAGCGGCGUGGUAGUGCCGGAUUCCAACCGACUAAAACCUCCACGAUGACCGGCUACGAUCGAGAGAGGCCCGGGAACCGGUGCGAGCGAUACACCGGGCCCAUCUAUUUUGGCACUUAGAAAACAAACUUUACGACUUAAAUGUGGAUGAACCAGCUUUGGCCAAUCCAGAUGAUGAUACGAACGACACAUCAAAAUCACAAAGAGAACAAUAAACAUUAUAACGAGAACAAUAAAAAUCACAACAGCAACAUCAUCGUGGUAGAAAAGGCAAUGUUAAAACUGUAUAAAUCAUCUUCAUCAUUUAUUUCUUAAUUAUCCAUUUCAUUUCUUUCCUUUUAUUAAAUGUUAUAAGACAACGCUUGUAGAUUAUGUGUAAAUAUAAGUAUUAAAAAAAAUAUAUAUAUUUAAACUUUGUAUUAUUGUUAUCUUUAAGAAAUAAACUAUUCUUCUUGACUUAAA